UUUGUUUCAGCGACCAAAGCGAAUCCGAAUGCGAUCGAGUACGGUGGCGGUACAGUUGCGGGGCCAAGCUCCUCGGUAUACGGAAGUACCGCCAGUGGAACAGUGAGUUGUAUCGCCGGUUCGUUGGCCGGUAUCGCCGGUAGCUUCAACAAUACCGGACGCACAAACUUCACGAAUAAACAACUGACCGAACUGGAGAAGGAGUUUCAUUUCAACAAGUACCUGACGCGAGCGAGACGCAUCGAGAUCGCUUCCGCGCUGCAGCUUAACGAGACGCAGGUGAAGAUCUGGUUCCAGAACAGGCGUAUGAAGCAGAAGAAGCGCAUGAAGGAAGGCCUGAUACCGGCGGAUAGCACGAAUGUGACGGCUUUGAGCGGUGCCAGGAGCAGCAGCAACUCACCGACGGGCUCGUCCAGCCACGAGAUCGGCGGCCUCGGUUUAUCCAGCUUCACCAGCGACAACAGUAGGGAAUCACCUCCAUCUUCCAAGGAUUGACGCGAUUUUUGCUGCAGUAAUGAACGGCACUAUAAUCUAUGAUUCGAUAUCUGAUCGCAAAGCUCUGCUCCGGUGAUAUCGAAAAGAUAGAAGUUUAAUGAGAAUCGUGACAAUUUACUGCAGCCAUACACAAACCACUUUCUAAUUUAUUCUUUCAGGCUGCAUCGUGAAUGUAAUACCGUGGACUUAUAAAAUGAGUAAUGUCAUUCUGUAUCUUGAAAGUAGAGGUAUGUGAUAUAUGUGUAUAUACGGGAGACACGUCUCUAUCUUCCCGUUUCUAAACUAUAAACGGGAAGAUAAAAAUAAACUAUAAUGUGACAUUGGUUUCUCUAAUUCCAUUAUUGUACGGAUGAUACCGACUACAGAAGUGGCGUGUAGCUUCAAAAAAGUUCAAUACGGUACUAUAUUGCAUUCCGGAGCAUGUUUUCUUCAUCCUGAAUUUCUUCUUUCAAUCAGUGCAUUAAAUGUUAAGUUGUAUAUUAAUUUUCCGUAUUAUUUAUUUUAUAUAUUUAAUUUAUAGUCUUCAAUGCGUCUUGUAAAAUUAUAUGUAUAAGUUUGAAAAUUUCAAUUCAAAUUUUCCAAUGUUACCAUGUACCUCAGUUCAUAUUCAUAGAGCGAUAUUUAUAGUUGUAAAUUUUAAAUGCUGCUGUGUGAUUGAACAUCCUUUAUAUUUCUAAUUAAUUUAUAGUUUUAGUUUUCUAAAAAAUUUCAAGAUAUACUACUCAUCUAAUUCUUCCGAUACAUUUACAUUAAUAUAAAUAUAGCGAUUAUAUUCCAAAUUUUUUACCUGCUCUCAAAUGUCAAAAACUAGUACUUAAUGUAUAAUUUUCUCUAUCAUCCGACCGUAAUAAAUUUUAUUUUAAUGUACAAUUGUAAAUGAAAUUUUCUAAUUCAAGUAUACGAAAUGAAUAAACAAGUUAAGAAAUUAAUAAGGGUCUAAAGUUUCAAAGUUGUAAAAUGAAUAAAAUAACAUCUAUUACGUCACAUUUCCACGUGAAGGAUGAUAGCGAUUGAAUUCUAUCAUCCGAUCAUUUCUUAACCCUUCCAGUACCUUGUAAUCAAUAAAUUUUCCAUAACUUUUAAUAAUUUCUUUCAAAAAUCCAAUUUGUAUUUUGUUUUCUUUCUGUAUCUAAUCAGUAUGCAAUGUUUAGAACUAUAUGCACUAUUACAAUAAUAAAGACAAUUUAUAGCACACACUAUAUAUAUACCUAUUAAAUAAUAAAAUUACAGAUAUUUAAAUUAACGAAAUAGAUAUUUCUCACGGAUUUUCUUCAUUUUUAAAACUAAACUAAAAAUAACGAAAAAGUAUUUCAGAAAAGACCUCUAUAUUCAAUCUGAUACUGGAAGAGUUAGCUUUAUUUAUCUUACUGUGGAAUGUUUAUAGUAGUCUUGAACAUUAUGAAACAAUCCCUAAAUGUUAAAAUGUUAAAAUAUCGUUGUCGGAGAAGUAUAAUAGAGAAUAUAUUGCGCCAAUU